AUGGAUGAAGAUGAUGGUUUAUUAUUGAAUUUCGAUACUAAUACUACUUCAAAUGAUUCAAAAGUGCUGCUGCUGAAGGUUAAAGGUGGCAGAUGGAAAGACAGAAGGAAAUUACAAUUAUCAUUACAAGGUAAAAAACCAAAACCAAAAACAACAGGUGUAAAUAAUAUAGAAAUUGAUGAAUCAAAAUUAAAACAACCACAACAGCCACAAACAAAGAAACCAAGAAUAGAUCAAAGAAGGUUCACAGAAACAAAGGGUGAAUUUGGAGGUAAAAAUGAAAGUUAUGUUUCAUCCUUAUUCUCGAAUAAUCAAGAUACACAAUUGAAAAUCACCAAAGAAUCGGAAAAUAUCAAACAUACUCCAUCUAAUGCUCCUAUAAUAGACACAAAUUCAUUCAAUGGACUAGGAUUAAAUGAAAAAUUAUCAAGUCAUUUAACUGAACAUUUAAAAUUUAAGUAUCCUACAAAAGUUCAAAAACUCGUACUUCCAAAAUUAUUAAAUUCAAUUGUUGAUCUAUUCGUCAAAGCACAAACUGGAUCAGGUAAAACUCUUGCAUUUUUAUUACCUAUAUUAAAUCAACUAAUGAUUGAAGAUAGAUUAAAUCGAGAAUCGGGAUUAUUUGCAAUGAUAUUAACACCAACUCGAGAAUUAGCAAAUCAAAUAUACCAUGUAUUGGAAUCUUUAACACGUUGUUAUCAUCAUAUUGUACCUGGUAUAGUUAUUGGUGGAGAAAAGAAGAAGUCAGAAAAGGCAAGAUUAAGAAAAGGGGUUAAUAUCUUAGUUGGUACACCGGGUAGAUUAGCUGAUCAUUUAGAAAAUACAAAAAGUGUAGAUGUAAGUCAAUUAAGAUGGUUAGUAUUAGAUGAAGGUGAUAAAUUAAUAGAAUUGGGAUUUGAAGAAACAAUUACAAAAAUAACAACAAAAAUAGAAUCAACAAAUAAGAUAAAUCAAACAAUUACAAAAUGGCCAAAAUUACCAAGCAAAAGAAUCAAUGUUUUAUGUUCAGCUACAUUACAGAAUAAUGUUAAGAAAUUGGGACAAAUGAUAUUAAAUGAACCAGAAAUGAUUUCAGUAGAUAAUGAAACUGAAAAUACGAUAACGUUUCAAGAUACUACUCAUUCAACUGCUCCUGAUCAAUUAAUACAGGAUAUAUUAGUAGUGCCGUCAAAAUUAAGACUCGUCACCCUAAAUGCAUUAUUAAAGAAUAUUUCAACACAACCAUCGAAGACAAUUGUAUUUUUUUCAUGUUCAGAUUCGGUAGAUUAUCAUUUUGACGUAUUUACAAGGAGUGGAAAACAAAUAAAAAAUGAAGAAGAAGAAGAUAGUGGUAUUUUAACAGCUCCAAUAAUUAACGAUUCUAUAAUUUAUAAACUUCAUGGUUCAUUAUCACAACAGAUUAGAACAAAGACAUUAGAAUCAUUCAUCAAAGAUAGAUCUGAAUCGAAUAAAAUUUUAUUCUGUACUGAUGUAGCAUCUAGAGGUUUAGAUCUACCUAACAUCACAAACGUGAUUGAAUAUGAUGCUCCUUUUACUAUAGAUGAUCAUUUACAUAGAAUAGGUAGAUCAGCAAGAGUAGGAAAUCAAGGAAAAGCUACCCUUUUCUUAUUACCUGGUAUUGAAGAAGGUUAUGUAGAUAACAAAUUAAAAAUUGUUCAUCCAAAACAAGGAAAUUUAAGAAUUAUAAAUUAUGAAUCUCCAUUACAGACUGCAUUUGCUGAGGGUGAAUCAAAAUCUAAAGAUCAAAAGAUUGGUAAAUGGGAUAUACAUGCUACGACAUGGCAUUUGGAUGUUGAAAGGUGGUUAUUGGAAGAUCAAAGCGCAAUGGAAAAGGCAAUACAAGCAUUUACAUCUCAUAUUAGAGCUUAUACUACUCAUUUAAAUUCAGAAAAGCAAUUUUUCAAUGUAAAGACUUUACAUUUGGGUCAUUUGGCUAAAAGUUUUGGUCUUAGGGAAACUCCGAAAAAAUUGGGUAAAUCUGUUAAUGUUAAUCAAUCUGCUAAAGUUAAAAAAGAAGAUCCAAGGAAGAAAAUGUUGAGAAUUGCUAAAAUGGCUGCAAAAGAUUUGAAUUCUGAGUUUAACUACUGA